CCUUCAAUGGCCAACCAAGUCAAUUAAUUGCUUAAAGUUCUUGCUCUAAACAAGUACAUAGAGCUUGCUUACAUCAAACCGCAAUCGAAGCUUUGAAAAAUAAUAGAAUGUUAAAGUUGGCAAUAGCCAUUUUGUGUUUGGCGUUGGUCGUUGAUGCAGCGCUCGUUCGCGUACCAUUAACGAAGCUCAACAGCCGACGCACCGUCAAGAAUGUUAAAGCGCAGGCCGCUGUCCUACGUAGUAAAUACAACACGAAUGCCUACGUAACACGGGAGCAAUUAAGCAACUACGUCGACGAUCAGUAUUAUGGCGCCAUCACCAUUGGUACGCCACCACAAAAUUUCACUGUACUCUUCGAUACCGGCUCUUCCAACUUAUGGAUACCUGGCGCACCGUGCGCUACAAACGAUCUGGCCUGCCUGAGCCACAAUACCUACAACGCCAACGCGUCUAGCACAUAUCAGGCUAAUGGAGAGAGUUUUUCCAUACAAUAUGGUAGUGGCAGCCUUACCGGUUAUCUAGCUGCGGAUACUGUAUCAAUUAGCGGCUUGGCUAUAACGGGACAAACUUUCGCAGUGGCCACAUCGGAGCCUGGUGACACAUUUGUCUAUUCGGCAUUCGAUGGCAUACUUGGCAUGGGCUAUCAAACGAUUGCUGUUGACAAUGUGGUGCCACCUUUCUAUAAUUUGUACGCACAAGGUUUGAUCGACUCGCCCGUAUUUGCUUUCUAUUUGACACGCAACGGCACAUCCAGCCAAGGUGGUGAACUCACGCUCGGUGGCAUUGAUGCGAAUCACUUCAAUGGUCAAAUCAGCUAUGUGCCGGUCACAUCCGAAGGUUACUGGCAAUUCCAAAUGAAUUCGGUUAGCGUUGGCAACGCUAUGGCGUGUAUGUAUUGCUCGGCCAUUGCUGAUACCGGCACCAGCUUGCUGGGUGUACCCACUUCGCUAUAUUAUGAGAUGCAAAACGCUAUAAGUGCUUACCCCGACGGUGAUGGCGGCUACUAUGUGUGGUGUCCGGCAAUCGACUAUUUGCCGACUGUUUCCUUCAACAUCGGUACCUCAACCUUUAACCUAACUAGUGCCGAUUAUAUUAUUCAAGUUGAAAAUGAUUACGGUCAAACUGUAUGCAUGUCUGCCUUUGAAGAUUCUGGUACAAGUUUCUGGAUUCUGGGUGACGUCUUCAUUGGAAAGUACUACACAGUCUUCGAUAUGGAAAAAAAUCAAGUGGGUUUCGCUCAAGCUGCUAGCAAUUCUUCGGCGGCAAGUUCUACUUGCAGUUGCGCUUGUGACUGCGUUUGAAGCUCCAUGGUUGGAGGCUGAAUUUGAAACUUAUUCAAUCAAAGAUGACCUAUGUAUUUAUUAAUUUUACAGAGAAUAAUAAA